UUUUUUUUCUGAACAGCGGCAGUGGGUGGGGUCGCUUUUCCCGCAGCGGCGGCGGCGGCGGCCGCAGCCCCGGCAGUGAUGCUCCUCUCUCCCCGCAGAUGAGCCCCUCCGGGCGUCGGUCCGGUCUUCGUCUUUCUCCUCCGGGGGUCCCCCCCACCCCGCUCCCUCGCCGCAGCUCGACAGGCCGGAUCCCCGACAGGAGAGCCAGACGGGCGGAGGGGGCGGAAGCAAGACACCCUCCCCAGAGCCCGCCGACCCGCCCUCCCGGGGCCUUUCCCCGCCCCUGCAGCGUGCCUUAGAGCUUCGAGAAGGGGCUGCUCUCUGGCCAAAGAAGGGGAAAGGGGGAGCGGAGGGGGAGAGACCUCCGCACCCGGAGGGGUCUCGGGCGUUGCAUCCUCCCGCGGGGCGCUGGUGCAGGCGAGCCGACCCGUGGCACCUGCAUCGGCUCCAGAGACCAUCCCCGGCCGCGGGUCCUCGGGGAGGGGCCGGAGCUGAGGGCGGGAGGGCGUCCACGCUCCGAUUCCGUCGCGAAGAGCCCUUCGAGGAGCGUGGAGGCAAAGGCAAAGGGAGGGUAGGGAGCUCAGGGGCGUCCCGUCCCUGCGGCCAGCCGGCAUCAUGGCCUGGCCGUGCAUCACCCGGGCCUGCUGCAUCGCCCGCUUCUGGAACCAGCUGGACAAGGCGGACAUCGCGGUGCCGCUGGUCUUCACCAAGUACUCGGAGGCCACCGACCCCCCUGGCGCGGGGCAGCCGCCGCCGGGGCCGCCCCAGCCCGCGCCGCCGCGCGCCGUCGCCAUAGAAACCCAGCCGGUCCUGGGGGACCAGGAUGCCGUUGCCCGGGCGACGGGGCCGGGGCCGGGACCCGGACCGGGGCCCGGCGGCGAGCGGGAGCCGCCGGCGGGCGGGGCCAAGGCCGCUCCGGCGGGCCCGGCCGACUCGGUGAUGCGCCAGGAUUACCGGGCCUGGAAGGUGCAGCGGCCCGAGCCGAGCUGCAAGCCCCGCAGCGAGUACCAGCCGUCGGCCGCGCCCUUCGAGCGGGAGACGCAGUACCAGAAGGAUUUCCGGGCCUGGCCCCUGCCCCGCCGCGGCGACCACCCCUGGAUCCCCCGGGCCCCGGCCCCGGCCCCGGCCCCGGCCCCCGGCCCGCCCGAGGACCGCCGCCGCCGCCGCCCGCAGAGCCAGGAGCGGAGAUCGCAGGCCCUCCCGCUCGCCGGGGAGGUCGAGGAAGGGGGCUCGGGGGCCUCGGGGGGCUCCGGGGUCCCGGACGGGGGCGGCCCCGCCGCCGGGAAGGCGUCGGCCGGGGACGGCCGGGAGCCGCGAAGGAAGGCCGGUCCCGGCUGGAUGCUGCGCCGCGCCGAGGGCCAGGGGCUGGGGACCGGGGCCGAGCCCGAGCCGCCGCCGUCGCCCCCCGCCCCCGCCGUCCAGGGCCCCGAGGGCGGCCGGGGGCGGGCGGCCGUCGACGCCCUCAACAGGCAGAUCCGCGAGGAAGUGGCCAGCGCGGCCGGGAGCUCCUACAGGAACGAAUUCCGGCCAUGGACUGACAUCAAGCCGGUGAAGCCCAUAAAGGCCAAGCCUCAGUACCAGCCUCCAGAUGACAAGAUGGUCCACGAAACCAGCUACAGUGCCCAAUUCAAGGGGGAGCCCAACCAACCAACCCCAGCGGGCAGCAAGGGCAUCGACCGCAGAAGGAUACGCAGCUUGUACAGCGAGCCCUACAAGGAACCUGCCAAGGUGGAGAAGUCCAGCGCCCAGAUGUCCAAACCAAAAAAGACCUCCACAAGCCAUAAACCCGUUCGGAGGGUCAAAGACAAACCCGCGUCGGGCCGGGCCGCCAAGAAGAAGGCCGCGGACGGCGCCAGCGAGAAAAGUAAAGAGAUGAACAAUAAACUGGCCGAGGCGAAAGAGUAAAUUGCCCUGCCCUCUCCUUUCCCCCACUGUCUCUGUCUCUCUGUCUCUUUCUGUCUCUCUCUCUCUCUCUCUUCCCCUCUCUCUGUCUCUUUCUCUCUGUCUCUGUCUCUCUGACGGAAAGGCCACAAAAUGGAUUAGAGGCUUCCACCCGCUUGUGUUCUGCUUGGGUCAGGCGCCUGUUUGCUUUCGUUGCCUUCACUUUGGGGUUUUCUCUCCUACGACAUCGGGUCAGGAUCCUGCUUCCUUUCCGAGGUGUGAGACUCUGUUCCUCCCGCCCUGUUCGUCUGGUCCCGGGGGGCUCGAUGGCAAGGCAGCCGGGAGAGGACACGGAGCCAGCAAAGGCGAACAACCAGCUAGGCCCGGGGGAGGUGUGACCGGGGCCUGGCAAGGUCGAGACACCUGGAGUCCCCGUUGGAUUUUCCCCAGGCCACCGCCAGAACUCCCAGGAGGGUGUGUCCUGCCGCUGCCAUCUUCCGGCCGGCCGGGCCUAGCUAGGUGACCGUUAGGCUUCGCCAUGAGCGUGAGGCUGUGGGAUUUGACUGGUUUUGCCUCACUGUAGAUAGCUCUGUGGAACGCUCCCCAGCUGUCAUUUUGCUCUUGUUUGUGUAGAUGACUUCUCCGUGAGUGCUGGGCCUGGGCGCGUCCGGACCACCUGGGCCACCGCCUCCGAGAGACGGUGGUCCGACGGCACCUUGGGAUCUCCGAGAGCUCAGGAAGCAGCCGUGGGGUGGUGUGGUGUCUGCCCUGGUACCGCUGGAUGUUUAACUGUAGUUCAGGAUCCACGUCUGCUGGCUCACUCAGGCUCUGCAGAGAUUGUCCUUGCGGUUCGGGCUGGCGAGGGGCCAAAGGAGGGAAAAGGGGAGAGAUAGGAAGUGGUAGCAGGGAUUGUGGUGGUGUUUUCUUUCUCCUCCCUGAGUCCCCUGCCAGGUGAGGGCCCCUCCCGGAAUACAGGGAAGGACGCGGUGACCUUGACGUCGCUGGAAGCGGAGCGGCGGCCAGGGGCGCCGGGAUGGGGAAAUACAGAGUUCAGUGGAUUGUGUCGUGUGUCUUUGUGGCUUGUGCUGGGAGGAGCCCUGAGCUUCAGGUGUAGGUGUCGUGAUGUUGCAGUGGUGUCGUUUCUGAGUUUAGCCAUGUUCGAGGUGUAUGGUCUCAACUAGCCGGGAUGGGCUUGUGGGGUGGGCGAGGGGCUGAGCGGGAGGGGGUGGUCCCUCAGAGCCGAGGCGAUGGGGGGUGGAGCGGGGGUCCCUUCAGGAACAACACCCUGUGUGACCCCAGAAAAAUCAUACUGCGGCAUUACGAGUCUGGAAUGCGAUUUGACGGUCAGGCACCGCUGCGCCCUCCUUCCCCUGGUCUCGUUCAGGAUGCCGUCCUUUGAGCGCAAAUCUCAGCUUUUUGCCUGUCCCUUCAAGCAGUGAGAGCGACUCCGCUACCUCUUCCUGGCCGACAGCAGGCGAACAGUUAAGGGCUCCUCUCCUCCUCCUCCUCCUCAGGCACCUCUGGGACUUGUUUCCAAGAUCUCAGGAAACUUCAUAUUCUCAUCAGUGUCUCCACUGACCCUUCUGGGGCUGGGGCCCAUCGAGCCUGUGUGCUGGCCACUGACAACCCACCGUGGCUCUUGGACAGUUAACGUAACAGGGGCCAGGAAGGCCAGGAGGGGCCCCAUUGCUUCUGAACCGCAAGCUCCGAUUUCCUGCAUGGGAACGGCUAUCUCUCACUCCAGCCCGACCGCCGCCCCCAGAACCUCCCGGGGCCCAUCCAGGGGCCCGGGCCGGGGGCUCCGAGCAGAGCGCCCCAAGUGAAGCUGUUAGUGCCGUGGUCUAGGCUGCAGGAGAUCACCGGUAACCUGGGCUCGAAGCCCCGGGGCAUCCCUAGGUUGGAGAUUUCAGCCUUUGGCUCAGGGCUCUGUUCGCCACGGCCCUCGUCCUCAGCUCGUCCCUCUCACUGCUUUUGCCGCUCUUGCUGCCUGCGCACGUCCGCCGCUGCCCGCUCUGCUGCCAUCGCCGUGCGCUCACCUGGCUCUGCAUCUGUGCCGCUGGCCUGCGCCCCGCGUGUCGCGCCCUGGCAACCCCCUGCACCGCCCUACCCCCGGAGCGGGUCGGAAGGCUCUCACUGCUAUUUUGUGGCCUGGGUUUCGUGGCAUAUCACAGAUGGUCUCUGUAACGGGCAAGCCCACCCCUCUAGGUGCCCAUCUCCUGCUGUUGUUAGUGUGACAACGACCAUGACGAAAUCCUCGUGUGUAGCCAAUUGAUUGUGACGUGCUUGUGGCCUGCGCUUGCUCAGAAAGGGUUUUCAACUCCAAUAAAUGCUCAAGACCAACA